GGAGGAAGCGUAACUUUCAGAGAAGCUAACACGCUUUGAGAAAGAGGGGGAUAAACCAGACGACAAAGCGCUGGAAGGAUUCCUCUAAGUAUUUGGGGCACAGUCACUUCUGUGUCACGUCAGUGAUGUCAAAAGUGGGAACCUUGUGCUUGCCACUAUUCCAGUCGGUGCUUUCAGACCUGUCCUGUGAAGAAAAUAAAAUAUGCAUAAAUUAUAAUGACCAGCAUCCUAACGAAUGGUAUAUCUGGGUCUUGCUGACGGUCUUCCUGGUAGUUCUUGUCUGUGGAACUGCACUCCUCUGCCUCCAGUGUUGCCUGGAAAGAUCCCAAGUGGUGUCUCCGAGACACACUGUGGCUGUUUUUGCAGUGGGAGAUGUAGAGCCUGCUUAUGGGACAGAAGCAACUCUGAGUCCAACUAUCGGAAAUCACAUUCAGCCUCAAAACCCCCAACUGUAUCCAGUUCCGUGUUUUGGAGCCCUAGGUCCCCCACCUCCAUAUGAAGAAAACAUAAAAACAAGCAGACUCUAAAUCUGGAUCAUCAAUGGACAGAUUAGAGAUACUUCAAAUUCCAAAACCUUAAUGUAAGCUCAAGACUUUCAUUUAGUGUAAAUUCCCAGAGAGCAAUUGAUAUGUUGAAUUUUAUAAAAGGAUACUAAAACAAAAAGGUGAAGUAGGGGGCAAAAUUAGUGCAGAGAUGGUUUCUAUAGUGAAUGAAUGGACUCUUGACAUACUAAUUUGUAUUGUGUUGUAACUUUUAGGCCACACAAAUAAGUUAAUGUUUCUUCACUGAUACCCAGAUAUGGAAUAAUUAGGUGCAUGAAGGAGUUUCACUUAUUAAAUUUAGGAUCCCAAUCCAGUACAUAUCAUAGUUCUCUGCCUUAAUAUGUUCAUUUAAUAUAGUCUCUAUCAUGGAGCCAAUAAAAUAUAUUAUAAUUUA